AUGUCAACAUACAAAUUGCAUGUGCAGGUCCUGACCGACGCGUGCUGGGCGCUGUCGUACCUGUCUGACGGCGACAACGACCGGAUCGACAAGGUCAUAGAGGCCGGCGUCUGCAGGCGCCUCGUAGAGCUGCUGAUGCACCACUCUGCGGCGGUGCUGGUGCCGGCGCUGCGCACCGUGGGCAACAUCGUCACGGGCAACGACAUGCAGACGCAGGUGGUGGUCAACUGUGGCGCCCUGCCGUGCCUGCUGCAGCUGCUGACCACAAACCACAAGAAGUCCAUCAAGAAGGAGGCCUGCUGGACCAUCUCAAACAUCACGGCAGGCACCAAGGAGCAGAUUCAGAACGUCAUCGACGCCGGCAUCGCCCCGCCCCUGGUCUACCUGCUGCAGGUGAGGCCCCCCCUCCCCGGCCCCUGGCCACCGACACACACAGACAGCCAAAAGCCGUAA